GGGAGACCAGUGGUCCGAGCUGUAGAUACACCACAGAAAAGCCGCAAAGCUUCUUUGGGCCCCAUGGAGGGCCCCGGAGAAGCAGCUCCUCAGGGGCCCCCCUGUGGCUGCAGCAGAGCAGCAGACUCACAGCAGCAGCAGCAGCAACAGCAGCAGCAGCAGCUGCUGUUGCUGCAGCAGUUGGCCAUUGGGGACGACGUUCCUGAGACCUGGCAGACUUUGGCUGUCCCUUGCGGCAGCUCGGAGGAGCUGGGGCAGCAGCCGUCAUGGGGCCCCUGCAUAAGCGUAAACCCUGAACCCUAA